UCAUAAUGAAUGAACACCUGAUGCUGUGAGUCGCUGUUCAUAAGGAAGGCGAAAUGUUGACAAACAUUGAGCCAGCCGAGCUUCAGUGCACCGUGGCCGUGGAGCGCUUGAAUCCAGCAGGUCAAGCCAUCAAACGCCAGCACAUGCGCAAAGCCACCGUCACAUUAGGGCGCAACGAGUUUCUGGAAAUCUUGCUGCGCGUCCACGAUGGAAAAGCUCCCCAAAGCUUCAUGCUGCGUGAUUUCCAGCUUUUUACUCGCUUCGCAAAGGACGGUAAAUGUACAGUUAAAUUCACACAGGAGAACACACAGGUUCUGAUCUCCGACUGUCCGCCGGAUCGUUUGAAAAUGUUCCUGAAGACGCUCAGCAUCAAACACCAGGCAUCCCAAAGCAGCAAACCUAUGAGUGACAGAGCCAAACUACGAGCUGGCCUUGCUCGAAGCUUUGAGACCAUUAGUCCUCUCCAGCUGAAAGAUGUGCAGAAAGCAAACGAGUUGAGAAGUAAAGUGAACGCCCCAGUCCAACUCAAAGGUCCCGCGGAGAGAUCUGUUAAAGCACUCCACCCCAAUAAAAAGCCGGCCUUGGUUCUGCCCUUGGCACUGAAGCUGAGUAAAGAACAGACUGCAGUUCUCAAUGCAGUCUUGAGUGGCAAGAAUGUGUUUUUUACAGGCAGUGCAGGAACUGGGAAGUCCUUCUUGCUCAAGAGGAUUGUAGGCUCUCUGCCUCCCAAAAGCACAUAUGCAACUGCAAGUACUGGUGUAGCAGCGUGUCACAUAGGAGGGACCACACUGCACAAUUUUGCAGGUAUUGGUUCUGGCUCUGCUUCUCUUGAACAGUGUCUUGAGCUUGCUCAACGUCCUGGGGUGCUGCAGCACUGGACAUCCUGCAAACACCUCAUUAUCGAUGAGAUCUCAAUGGUGGAAGCAGAGUUCUUUGACAAACUGGAAGCCAUAGCCAGAUCCAUCAGAAGAUCCACUGAGCCAUUUGGUGGGAUUCAGCUGAUAGUGUGUGGAGACUUUCUUCAGCUUCCUCCAGUCACAAAAGGAAAGAACAAGCCUAACUUUUGCUUCCAGUCAAGAAGCUGGCGGAAAUGUAUCCAUAUGAACAUGGAGCUGAUGGAGGUGCGCAGACAAACGGACAAGGCCUUCAUCUCUCUGCUCCAGGCUGUGAGAGUGGGCAGAGUCACAGAGGAAGUUACCGCACAGCUGCUGAAAAGUGCCAAUCACAGCAUUGAGAGAGAUGGUAUCCUAGCAACCAGGCUGUGCACACACAAGGAUGAUGUGGAGCUCACAAAUGGGAGUAAACUGAAACAGUUACCAGGGCCUGUGCGAGUAUUUGAGGCUGUGGACAGUGACCCUGUGCUGGUUCAGACCAUUGAUUCACAAAGUCCAGUUAGUCAACUGUUGCAGUUGAAAGUUGGAGCUCAGGUCAUGCUCACUAAAAACCUAGAUGUCCAAAAGGGUCUAGUGAAUGGAGCCAGAGGAGUUGUGAUCGACUUCCAGCCAGGCAGUCAAGGUCUCCCUCGUGUGCGAUUCCUCUGCGGGGCUGUUGAGGUAAUGAAGAGAGAGCGCUGGAUGUUUAAAGCGUCAGGGGGUCUGUACCUGAGCCGACAGCAGCUGCCACUCAAACUGGCCUGGGCCAUUUCAAUCCACAAGAGUCAGGGCAUGACUCUGGAUUGUGUGGAGAUCUCGCUGGCACGUGUGUUUGAGAGUGGUCAGGCUUACGUUGCUCUGUCACGGGCACGGAGUCUAGAGGGCAUGCGUGUGAUGGACUUUGAUCCUCGUGUGGUGCAAGCCAACCAGGAAGUGCUGCUCUUCUAUAAGAAACUGAGGAAGGAGAGGCUCCUCAUGCAGUCAUCUAUAGAAGACUUUGUAGGACAAAGCAAUAAGGAGAAUGACCAUUGGUGAGGAUGAGACUUGAGGCUCCAGUUUUCAUAUGCACUGUGUGUGUGGGGGUGUUUUGGGAAGAUUUGGAAGUUAUUUUUAAUUGAGUCAUUGUGUUUUAUCGAGGGGUAAAUUAUGAUCUCGGGUUUACGUGCUUUUUCUUUCAGUUAAGCAAAUUAAUAUUUAUUU